AUGGCGCUGGAGAUCGAGCACACCCACCUCCCCAUCCGCGGCCUCAACCUCCACGUCGCACACGUAGGCAAAGGUGACCUGGGCACGGUGGUGUUCCUGCACGGCUUCCCGGAGAUAUGGUACUCGUGGCGCCACCAGAUGGUGGCCGUGGCCGCGGCGGGGUACCGGGCCAUCGAGCCAGACUGUCGCGGGUACGGCCUGUCCGACCAGCCGCCGGAGGACGAGGAGGCCUCCCUUGACGACCUCGUCGCCGACGUGCUCGGCAUCCUCGACGCCCUCAGCGUCCCAAAGGCGUUCUUGGUGGGCAAAGACUUCGGUGCCAUGCCGGCGUACGAGUUCGCGCUGCAGCACCCGGACCGCACCCGCGGCGUUGCGUGCCUCGGCAUCCCCUUCAGCCCUGUUCCCUUCUCCUUCGACACCAUGCCCGAGGGCUUCUACGUCCUGCGCUGGCGCGAGCCAGGCAGGGCGGAGGCCGACUUCGGCCGGUUCGACGUGAGGCGCGUGGUGCGCACCGUCUACGUGCUCUUCUCCGGCGCCGAGAUCCCGAUUGCCAAGGAAGGGCAGGAGAUCAUGGAGUUGGCCGACCUGUCGACGCCCCUCCCGGCGUGGUUCACUGAGGAGGACCUGGACGCCUACGCCAAGCUCUACGAGAAGUCCGGCUUCGGCUACCCGCUCAAGAUGCCGUACAGAGCUAUACACAAGAUCCCGAACCAGCUGGACGCCAAGUUCCAGGUGCCGGUGUUCAUGGUGAUGGGGGAGAAGGACUACUGCUUCAAGUUCCCGGGGUUCGAGACCGCCAUGCGCAGCGGCAUCAUGAACAACUUCAUGCCGGACCUCAAGAUCGCCUACAUCCCGGAGGGGAGCCACUUCGUGCAGGAGCAGCUCCCGGAGCAGGUAGGGCACCAGGCGAGGCCGCCCGCCCAAGACGCCGGGCCGCCGGCCACAGACCCCAUCGAGCGGCUUCCUAAAGGCGGCGGCGGCGGCGGCGCUGGGCACGAGGGUCGCGCGGGGAAGCCAGAGGUCGUGGCCGAGGUGGAGGCGCGCUGGGAUGGGGUGGCCGUGGCGGAGGCUGGCGGCGAGGUGGUGGCUCAGGGCAAUGCCACGGAGGCCAAGGAGGGCAGCCUCGCCGACAUGAUUGACCGCGCGCUGGAGAAGGAGUUCCCGGAAUCCGAGGGCGAGCAGGACGGUGGAGAGACGAACCCUGGCAGCUUCAACAACACGGUAUCUGAGAAGCAGGUGGUUUUCAUGAAUAAAAACAAUUUAGAAGCUAGGACCCUGUCCAAACCUGCAAAUGUAACAAAAGAUCUAGCUCCAGGAUAUUCUUGGAACACACUGAACUUCCUGAACGAGAGGACCUUGAAGGGAACCUUCUUCGACAACUACAAACCACAAACUGACCUGCAAUGUCGUUGA